GUUCCUCGAUCUCAGGGAUAAUUCCGUUCCGCGUAGAUGUUCAUUGACCUCAACAAAGAAGGAGACCCAUCCAACUCCCGCACCAUGGCCGAGUACAUGAGGAGAAGCCAUUUCUACCAUCACAUGCAAAAGAAGGCGCAAUACGCGGAGGAGGAGAGGCGAUGCCAUUUCUGUCAAUUCCGGGCCUUCUCCAUUGCUCAACCUCCCCACUGCUACACCAUGGCCGUCACGAAUGAGGUGGACAAGGAGUGGAUAUCUCUAGACUUUCGGUUUAUCGAGAAAUGUGUUCUAGGCAAGGACGUUCAGAAGAGUCUGGCCGAGGAGGGUUUCCGCAGUGGUUGCGAUUGCAGGGAGGAUACCGCCUGCGCGAAGGAAUGCGAGUGUUUGUCCGACUUGGAUCCUGACAACAUCAUCAAUCCCGACUUCAAGAAUGCUUAUUACACCGCUGGUCCACGCAAGGGUCUUCUCAGAUACGAGAUUCUCGAACUCAGCUCUGAUGAGAUUUACGAGUGUUCGGACCUGUGUGCUUGCUCUGAAGACUGUCCCAAUCGCGUUGUUGGCCGUGGCCGCAAGUUCAAUAUUGAGGUCUUCAAGACCAAAGACGGACGUGGUUUUGGAGUACGCGCCAGAGAGGACAUUCGGAAGGGGCAAUUCGUUGAUAAGUACGUCGGCGAGAUCAUCACUGCAGAGGAAGCCAACCGCCGUCGCGAGAAUGCCAAGUAUCGAAAGGACCUGUAUCUCUUUGCCUUGGACAAAUUCAACGACCCCGAGGCCGAAGACGAACGCCUUCGUGGUGAACCCUUCGAAGUGGACGGAGAGUUUAUUGCCGGUCCCACAAGAUUUAUCAACCAUUCGUGCGAACCGAACCUACGAAUCAUGGCUGUUGUCACCGACCGCGCGAACAAGCAUCUCCAUGAACUCUGCUUUUUUGCGCUCGAGGACAUCCCACGGCUCACCGAGCUUACUUUUGACUACGUCGCCGGCACCAAUACCGCGGACUCCAACGACAAUGUUGCGAAGGAGGCUAAGGAGAGGCAGGCGAAGGGAGAAUUCACUCAGAAGUGCUUGUGCGGAUCGAAGAACUGCCGGGGCUCGCUUUGGUAGAUGGCUUACAUAGGGAUGGCUUUCAUAUGCAUUUGGUGGAGUUUACGUUGGAUGAUACCUAAAAAUGGCGUUGGAGCUUGAAUUUACGAGAGAAUGAUACCCAGAUAGCAAUGACUGAGUGCUUUUCAGAACAAUCAAAAGCAAUGAACCACUUCUACUUGGA